UCUCAUCUCCAGUCUACUUUGAUUUGACAACGGAAAAGAAAGCCACCAGACAUAGCUUUCCCUUCUCACUCUAACACGCUUCUUUCUCUCUCUGUGUGACUCUUGGGGUCUAUUUCGGACUAUGUGAGGCUUCCCUUCUCUUUUCUCAGUGGGUGGGAUGGAGGAACUCUCUCACUUUGGCGGUGGAAGCACCUCAAGGGAGUCUUUCUUAUACCUUCCCUCAGCAGCCACAACCACGGGAUCAGCUCCACCGCCUCUGAUCGCGGCCUCGUAUGGCCGGAAUUCUUACCCCGGCACUGCCAAAUUACCUUACCUCAAACAUCCACCCCUCAGACCUGAAGCCGGUUCUUCUCGACAACCAUCUCGAGUAAGAGCAGUGGAAGGAGGGGAGAUAUCUGCAAGUAAUACAGAAGACAUCAAGGCCAAGAUCAUGUCUCACCCUCAGUAUUCGAGUCUUAUUGGAGCCUAUAUCGACUGCCAAAAGGUAGGGGCCCCGCCGGAUGUGGUGGCACGCCUCUCGGCCUUGGCCCAAGAGCUCGAGUCGCCUUGGAGCUGCCGUCAAGAGCCCUCCUCCGACCCCGAGCUCGAUCAGUUCAUGGAAGCAUACUGUGAUGUAUUGAUGAGGUACCGGGUGGAGCUAACGAGGCCCUUUCAAGAAGCCAUGGACUUCCUAAAGACGGUGGAGUCACAGUUCAACGCGCUCACCAACACUUCCUCGUUGCGGCUCUUCUCCUCCGGCUGUUCAAAUAUUCCUUGGGAACCUGCAGAUGAAAGAUGUGAAGAUGUUGCAUCCUCCGAAGAGGACCCUGAUGCCAGCGGUGGAGAAGCUGAUAUUUUAGAGAUUGAUCCAAGAGCCGAGGACAAAGAGCUGAAGCACCAUCUGCUAAAGAAAUAUAGUGGGUAUUUGAGCAGCCUUAGGCAAGAGCUAUCCAAGAAAAGGAAGAAAGGAAAACUACCAAAGGAAGCCCGACAGAAACUGCUCAAAUGGUGGGAACUCCACUACAAAUGGCCUUAUCCGUCGGAAUCAGAAAAGUUAGCUCUGGCUGAAUCGACCGGCCUCGAUCAGAAGCAAAUCAACAAUUGGUUUAUAAACCAAAGGAAACGGCAUUGGAGGCCGUCGGAGGACAUGCAACUCAUGGUGAUGGAUGGUUUUCAUCCGCAGAAUGCUGCUGCCUUGUACAUGGAAGGGCAUUUCAUGGGUGAUGGUCUUUACCACGUCGGUCCAUAAUUAAUGUACACCUACUUGCAAAGUUCCCCAGGUGCACAUUAAAUUCUCUCCAUAUGUAAGCUUUGCACUAUAAUCGGCUUAUCGUUAUGUUGCUUUAAUCAAUGUUUAGUGCAAUGUUUAGGGCCGUUUGGUGUAUAACCUAUUAGUUUGGAAGUGUCUGAAUACCACAAAUUGUUAUGAUGACUAUGUUGCUUCUUCUUA